AUGGCUUCCAAGCACAAAGCUUCUUCCUCGAAGCAGCCAGACAGCAGGGAAAAGAAACCAAAAGUGGAAAAGGAGGAAGACACCUGGAGCUCCACCUUGGCAACGCUGAAAACUGCUCCCAAGGAGAAGCCCCCCGCCAGAAUUGAUGGGCACUGCCCCUUGAGUACAGCACUAGAUGCCCGGGUCUAUGAGGACUAUGACUGCACCCUGAACCAGACCAAUAUCAGUGCCAACAACAACAAGUUCUACAUCAUUCAGCUCCUUGAGCACAAUGGUGCCUACAGUAUCUGGACCCGCUGGGGCCGUGUGGGAGAGGUGGGCCAGUUCAAGCUCAUGCCCUGUGCCUCCCUGGAAGCUGCCAAGAAGGAGUUUGAGAAGAAGUUUCGGGAAAAGACCAAGAACAGCUGGGCAACAAGGGAGAACUUCAUUGCGCAGCCAGGGAAGUACACGCUCAUUGAGGUGCAGCCAGGGGCUGGGCAGGAGGUGGAGGUUGCCCUCAGGGUGGAUGCAGUGGAUGGGGGCAAGGUCUGCAAGCAGCAGGUGCUGCCCUGCACCUUGGACAAAGCCACACAGGAGCUGGUGUCUCUCAUCUUCAGCAGUGACAUGUUCCAGUUUGCCAUGCAGACCAUGAAUAUCGAUGUGAAGAAGAUGCCUCUGGGGAAGCUGAGCAAGCAGCAGAUUGCGAGGGGCUUUGAGGCACUGGAAGAGCUGGAGGCUGCAUUGAAGGAGCAGCCUGCCCAGGAAAGUCGCCUGGAGGAACUCUCCUCACGCUUCUACACUACUGUCCCACACAACUUUGGACGGACACGACCACCCACCAUCAAUUCCCCUGACUUGCUGCGUGCCAAGAAGGACAUGCUGUUGGUGCUGGCUGACAUUGAGCUGGCACAGAGCCUGCAGGCACAGAAAAUGAAGGAGGAAAAGGAAGAGAAAGAAGUUGCCCAUCAGCUGGAUCAGGAUUAUGCCCUACUCUGCUGCCAGCUCUCCCUGCUGGAUCCAGCUUCCCGGGAAUACCAGCUGAUCAAAACUUACGUGACACAGACUGGGCACAAAGUCCGCAUCCUCAACAUCUGGCAGGUGGCCCGGGAUGGUGAGGAUGAGCGUUUCAAGGCCCAUGACCUGCUGGAGCACCGGCGCCUGCUUUGGCAUGGCACCAACGUGGCGGUGGUGGCGGCCAUCCUGAAGAGUGGGCUGCGCAUCAUGCCCCACUCAGGCGGGCGUGUGGGCAAGGGCAUCUACUUCGCCUCUGAGAACAGCAAAUCAGCCUGCUAUGUGCGCUGCACAUCUAAGAAUGUUGGCAUCAUGUUCCUGACGGAGGUGGCCCUGGGCAAGUCUUACCGCAUCACCUGUGAUGAUCCCACGCUGUGUCAGCCACCUGCUGGCUAUGACAGCGUCCUGGCCUGUGGCCAGACAGAGCCUGAUCCUGCACAGGAUGAGGAAGUGCUGCUGGAUGGCAAGAAGGUGCUGGUGUGCCAGGGCAAGCCCAUCCCCAUGUCUGCCUACAAGGACUCCUCCUUCAGCCAGAGCGAGUACCUCAUCUACCAGGAAAGCCAGUGCCGGAUCCGCUACCUUGUCCAGCUGUGCUUCUGAGGGUGCCUGGGAGCACCACGGCCCUGGCCCAGCAUCAGGUGGAGACUCCCAUCAGCC